AUGGCAGCAGGGACUCCCACACUCGUGUAUGGCAAGUUUGAGGUCAGUGGCUCAGCUGUGUUCACACACAACCGAGUGACCAAACAGGCUGGCCUGAUCCGUAUGGAGGAGGAGGAGUUCUUUAUUGAGCCUCUGGAGAGGGGACAAACAGAUCAGGAGGCUGAACAAGGCAGAGUGCAUGUGGUGUAUCGCCGACCACCCACCCCCAAACCCCCUCCUCUGGCAGGACCACAGGCUCUGGACACAGGAGCCUCCCGGGGCAGACUGGAAAGCCUCAGCAGAGCCCUGGGCGUCCUGGAAGAGCACAUCAACAGCUCACGGCGGAGGGUGCGCAGGCAUGCUGCCGACGAUGACUACAACAUCGAGGUCCUGCUGGGUGUGGAUGACUCAGUGGUCCAGUUCCAUGGGAAGGAACACGUGCAGAAGUACCUGCUGACACUCAUGAACAUUGUCAAUGAAAUCUACCAUGACGAGUCACUGGGGGCCCACAUUAACGUUGUGCUGGUGAGGAUUAUCCUGUUGAACCACGAGAAGUCCAUGAACCUCAUUGAAAUUGGAAACCCCUCUCAGAGUCUGGAAAACGUCUGCCGCUGGGCCUACCUCCAGCAGAAGCCGGACACCGACCACGAUGAGUACCACGAUCAUGCCAUUUUCCUCACACGCCAGGACUUCGGGCCCUCGGGCAUGCAAGGCUAUGCUCCUGUCACUGGGAUGUGCCACCCUGUCCGCAGCUGCACCCUGAACCAUGAGGAUGGCUUCUCCUCGGCAUUUGUGGUGGCUCAUGAGACUGGCCAUGUGCUAGGCAUGGAGCAUGAUGGGCAGGGCAACCGCUGCGGUGACGAGGUGCGGCUGGGCAGUAUCAUGGCACCCUUGGUACAGGCUGCCUUCCAUCGCUUCCACUGGUCCCGCUGCAGCCAGCAGGAGCUUGGCCGAUACCUACAUUCCUAUGACUGCCUGCGUGACGACCCCUUCGCCCAUGACUGGCCGGCUUUGCCUCAGCUCCCAGGGCUGCACUAUUCCAUGAACGAGCAGUGUCGAUUCGACUUUGGCCUGGGCUACAUGAUGUGCACUGCGUUCCGGACCUUUGACCCCUGCAAACAACUAUGGUGCAGCCACCCCGACAACCCUUACUUUUGCAAGACAAAGAAGGGUCCCCCACUGGACGGGACUAUGUGUGCACCUGGCAAGCAUUGCUUUAAAGGCCACUGCAUCUGGCUGACACCUGACAUCCUCAAACGAGAUGGCAACUGGGGAGCCUGGACUCCUUUCGGCUCCUGCUCACGCACCUGCGGCACAGGUGUAAAGUUCAGGACCCGCCAGUGUGACAACCCACACCCAGCCAACGGGGGCCGCACCUGCUCUGGCCUGGCCUACGACUUCCAGCUCUGCAACCCCCAGGACCCCCGGGCUGGCUGCCGGGAGGGGUGGGGCCACCAGUGGGACCUGUACUUUGAGCACGGCGAUGGCCAGCACCACUGGCUGCCCCAUGAGCACCGGGAUGCCAAGGAGAGAUGCCACCUCUACUGCGAGUCCAAGGAGACAGGGGAAGUGGUGUCUAUGAAGCGUAUGGUACACGAUGGGACACGCUGCUCCUACAAGGACGCCUUCAGCCUCUGUGUGCGUGGGGACUGCAAGAAGGUGGGCUGUGAUGGGGUGAUUGGCUCUCGUAAGCAAGAGGACAAGUGUGGAGUGUGUGGAGGCGACAACACCCACUGUAAAGUGGUGAAGGGCACGUUCACGAGGUCCCCGAGGAAGCAAGAGUACAUCAAGAUGUUUGAGAUUCCCGCUGGAGCCAGACACCUGCUCAUCCAGGAGGCCGACACCACUAGCCACUAUCUGUCUGUCAAGAACCUAGAGACAGGCAAGUUCAUCUUAAAUGAAGAGAACCACUUGGACCCCAAUUCUAGAACCUUCAUUGCCAUGGGUGUAGAGUGGGAAUACAGGAAUGAAGAUGAGAGGGAGACGCUGCAGACCAUAGGCCCUCUCCAUGGAACCAUCACUGUGCUGGUUAUCCCUGAAGGAGACUCUCGGAUCUCACUGACAUACAAAUACAUGAUCCAUGAAGACUCGCUCAAUGUCGACGACAACAAUGUCCUGGAAGAUGACUCUGUGCGCCACGAGUGGGCCCUGAAAAAGUGGUCUCCCUGCUCCAAGCCCUGCGGUGGAGUUCUGAGGCCAGUGAGUUUGUCCUGUGAGAAAUAUGAGAAGGGCCUGGGGGAACGGCCCAGCAGUGACCUCCACUGGAGUGAUCAAAGGCUGGACAGCAAGAUGGUGCACCGAGCUUUCUGCAGUGCCCUUGCCAAGCCCAAAGCCAUUCGCCGAGCUUGCAACCCUCAGGAGUGCUCCCAGCCUGUGUGGGUUGCUGGUGAAUGGGAGCCUUGUAGUCAGAGCUGCGGGCGAACAGGCAUGCAGGUGCGCUCCGUACGCUGUAUUCAACCCCUACACAACAACACCACUCGUUCCGUGCACACCAAACACUGCAAUGACCACCGUCCUGAAAGCCGAAGGGCCUGCAACCGUGAGCUCUGCCCUGGGCGGUGGCGGGCUGGAUCCUGGUCCCUGUGUUCGGUAACCUGUGGCAACGGCACCCAGGAACGGCCAGUACUCUGCCGCACUGCCGAUGAUAAUUUUGGUGUCUGCCGGGAGGAGCGGCCUGAGACAGCAAGGAUCUGCAGGCUUGCACCCUGUCCCCGAAACAUCUCGGAUCCCUCCAAGAAGAGCUACGUGGUUCAGUGGCUGUCCCGGCCUGACCCUGACUCACCCAUCCGGAAGAUCUCGUCAAAGGGCCAGUGCCAAGGCGACAAGUCAAUGUUCUGUAGGAUGGAAGUCUUGUCUCGCUAUUGCUCCAUCCCCAGCUACAACAAGCUCUGCUGCAAGUCCUGCAACCCGGCCCACAACCUCAGCAACACAGAGGACACAGGUGUGGAAUCUCCACCCGGCAAGCACAAUGACAUCGAUGUGUUCAUGCCCACACUCCCGGGGCCCACUAUAGCUACUCAGGUGCAGCCUUCGGCAGGACCUCCCUUGGAGAUCCCUCUCAAUGUCUCCAGCGUCAAUGCCACUGAGGAUCACCCAGAAACCAAUGCUGUGGAUGUCCCCUACCAGAUCCAUGGGGUGGAUGAAGAGGUCCAGUCCCCCAACCUGAUCCCUAGACGACCAGGACUGUAUGUAAAGACGAGGAACCAAAGAAUCCAGGAGCUCAUUAAUGCAGUGCAGAAAAAAGAGAAGGCCAGAAAGUUCUAA